UUAGUUUUCGUUUUAUUGCGUUCGUUUAUAUUUUGUACGUUUGUAAUCUAUAUCGUUCGGCGGAGUUUUAUUUGUGAAUUGUGUUUUUGACAAAAAAAUUUUGUUGUAAAAACAGAAUUUAUAAUUUAGCUUUUUAUACAAUUCAAAUUCAAUUUAAGUUCAAAUUUGUUUUGGAAUAAUCAAGUAUAAAAAUGUCGACUGAAAAAGAUCCAGAAAUUGAAGGCCACGAUGAAAACGAUGAAACUGCUGCUAACUAUAAACCACCACCAGAGAAAACAAUUGAAGAAAUUAUGGCAGCAGAUCAAGAAGAUGAAAGUUUAAGACGUUAUAAAGAAGCUUUAUUAGGUUCUGCCCAAACAGAAAGAAUAGUUGUAGAGCCAAAUGACCCAAGAAAGGUAAUCGUAAAAAAAUUAGCGUUAUGUGUUUCCGGAAGAGAUGACAUGGAACUUGACCUUACGGGUGAUUUAACUCAGCUAAAAAAACAAGUAUUUGUCAUUAAGGAAGGUGUACAGUACAGUAUUCGAAUUGAUUUUAUAACGCAACGGGAAAUUGUUCACGGUCUUAAAUAUGUUCAGAAAACCUAUAGGCUUGGAGUACCAGUAGAUAAAAUGACGCACAUGGUUGGAUCUUAUCCACCUAAAAAGGAAAUUCAAAGUUAUACAACACCCGCAGAAGAAGCCCCUGCAGGUAUGAUGGCUAGAGGUACUUAUGCUGUAACAUCUUUAUUUACCGAUGACGAUAAAAAUGAGCACUUGAAAUGGGAUUGGUCAUUUGAAAUAAAGAAAGACUGGAAUUAAAAAGAAAAUUGCUUAUAAUCUAAGAAGAAAAAAAAACAGCGCUUUCAAAUAUUAUUGCGAUAAUUUUAUAAUAAUCGAAACGUUAUUUUUUAUAUGUUUAUUAAAUUAAAAGAAAAAUAUAGUGUUAAAAAUUAAUAUAAGAUGAGAAGGUAAUUAAAAUGAAUGAAAUGUAUUAUGAAUAUUUCUAUGCUUUUAAAAGCAAUUUUUAGCAUUAUUAUUCAAUAUUAACGAUCCAACUAUUCUUAUUUGUGUGUUAAAUAGUUACUCAAACUAAAAUAAAAACAAAUUGAAUUUCGCUUUUGAGUCAAACCUCAUUUUUCCAGCUAGCACUUUUAUCUGAAUAAAAGCUCACAAUAUGUUUUUGUUUAUUUGGAUGUGAAUCCAAAUCUGUUUUUCUAAAAAUUUGCAUUUUAUAUUCAUUUCACCAUAAUAAAGUCUUUUAAAAGAUAAGUUAAUGUUAUAAAAAAAUCUAACUGUAUUUUAUAAGUCCAAAAAUUAUAAUGUUUAUGUAGAAAAGCCAUGAAUCUUCUUUCAUGAACCCCUAUCAUAGUUCUCUUUUUUUUAUUAAUAAAUUUUAAAGCACUAUUAGAGAACCAAGUCAAAAGCAAUACAUACAACAAAAAGUAAAAUUACAUGUUUAAUUAUUUAAAAAAUAUUUAUAAACAUAAAUUGUUAAAUAAGUAAGAAAAUGUCAUGUAAACUAAUUUCAUUAUAUUUAAAGAAGAACUGUAAGAAAAACGCCAAGUUACUAUUGUAAAAAUAAAAUAAUAUGAAAGACUACAAGGUGCAAAAUUCCAAUUCUAUUCUUUAUAUGUGAAACAGAUUGAAAACAAUAUUAUAUAUGUAAACUUCGAGCAAAUUUUCAAUUAGUUGAGAUCACUUCAUAUUUUUUAUUGAUCUACCCGUUAAUAAAAUAUUUUUAAUUGUGUUUAUAUUAAAUUACUAAUUUAACUAUAUAAUUUCAUUAAUUUUUUAAGUGUCGACAAAUUAUGCGAAUAACUUCUUGAGUGCUCCUGAAUAUGGUUUUUGUAAAAUAUAUUAAAAAUUUUUGUUAUUUUCAAUUUUUUUUCAAAUUUUAUUUUAAAUUAUAAUUUUUUUGUAGUUUUAGUUACUUUCGAAGCUGUUUUAGCUGUAAUAACAACAGUAAUGAAAAAAUAAUUUGUGAGUAUAUUUUUGUUCACAAAAAAUUUAAAAAAAUUUUGCUGGCAUUCAUGUUAAUUUUAUAUUCAAAGUUAACGAUUUUUAAAUUACAUAAAAUAGAGCUCCUGUUCUCGAUGUAUAUAAGAUAGGUCUCUUAAAUUCAAGUCAAUUUUAAAUUAGCAAUAAAAUUGUUGAAAAUGCCUUUAUAUCUUCCAAAAACAAAUAUAUAAAAUAUAUGUAUAUGAUAUUUUAGCAUUUACAGUGGUUGUAGAAUUUAUUAAUAUUAAUGUUAGAAUUUUAAACUGAUAAAGAAGUGAAAUAAUAAAAAUUGUAUUUUUUUGUAUUAAAUUUAUAUAAAAAAAAAAUUAAAUAUUGGAGCAAAAAAAUCGCAUUUCUUAUAAAAGUGUAAAUUUUUGCAAAUGAUUAUAAAACAAAACGGGAAAAAAUAUAGUUAUACAAGCAUGUAUUAUAAGUAUGUACGUA